AUGGCGACGGCGGGGAGCCGGACCUCGUCGUCGGGAUUAUUAGAUUUAAACGACGGCGCAAACGUUGGAAGCGGACCUCAAGGUGGUUCCAGUACGACCGGUGUUUCGACCAGUCCGGCCAGAGUGAAGAGAAACGCGGGGGAAGGCGCGCAGUGGAGGCGGAAAGAUCUGCGGAAAGUCCGGAGUGUGGAUCUGGAGAAGUCGGAGGAUCUGCUGCUGUGUCCCGAGAACGGUGUGUGUUCAGCGGCGGCGCACUUUCACUUCUUAUCCGCGUCCUCUCCCGCUGCAGUUCACGCCACUUUAUCCCAGCACAGUCGGCAUCUCCAGCAGAGCAAUUCAUCAGCGGAACACUCGGUUGAUCAAACAAGCAAUAGUUUAUCCACUGGCUCUCAGGAAUUAUCGAAAAGUUUUGGUAAAACCAGCAACGAACAUCUCGGCUCUGAGAAUGGUGCUACAGCAACUUCGGGAGAAGUGAACGCUGCACAUCAUAGCCGAGACAUGGAGAACAAGGAGACGCUCAGAGGGCUGCAGAAGAUAGAGGAUCGGCCCGAGGAGCGCAUGAUCCGAGAGAAGCUCAAGGCCACGUGUAUGCCAACCUGGAAACACGAAUGGCUAGAGAGGAGGAAUAGAAGAGGACCAGUGGUUGUGAAGCCAAUCCCUUUGCGACCAGACAGCAGUGAAGUUGGUCAACCAGCGCUGGAGACUGGCAGUGACAAUGUAAGCUCAUCUUCCUCUCAGAGUAAAGGACGGCGCAGUCCUUCCCCUGGUCCAUCUUCCUCGUCCUCCAGCUCUUCCAAUUUCUCAUCUACCAGAAUGGCUAGCAAACCAGAGUCUCCGGGUGUACGCAGGAAGAGGGCAUCCCCAGUUCCUUUUCAGAGCGGCAGGGUAACGCCCCCUCGGCGAGCUCCGUCACCCGACGGCUUCUCCCCUUACAGUCCGGAGGAGACCAAUCGCAGGGUAAACAAGGUCAUGAGGGCUCGUCUGUACCUGCUCCAGCAAAUAGGACCUAACUCGUUUUUGAUUGGAGGAGACAGCCCUGACAAUAAGUACCGUGUCUUCAUUGGUCCUCAGACAUGCAGCUGUGGUCGAGGGGCUUUCUGCAUCCACGUGCUUUUCGUCAUGCUGAGAGUCUUUCAGCUGGAGUCGUCAGAUCCACUUCUCUGGAGAAAGACCCUCAAGAACUUUGAGGUGGAGAGCCUCUUUCAGAAGUAUCACAAUCGGCGGAACUCUCGCAUCAAAGCCCCCUCUCGCAGCACCAUCCAGAAGUUCGUUUCACGCAUGUCCAACUCCCACACCAACAGCACCUCCACCUCCUCACCCUCCAGCAAUGAAAGCAGUAUGAAGGAUGAGGAAGAGCAGAUGUGUCCGAUCUGUCUGCUGGACAUGCUGGACGAGGAGAGUCUGACCGUGUGUGAGGAGGGCUGCAGAAACAAGCUGCACCAUCAUUGCAUGUCUAUAUGGGCAGAAGAAUGUAGGAGAAACCACGAACCAUUGAUCUGCCCUUUGUGUCGAGCCAAAUGGAAAUCACAUGACUUUUACAGUCAUGAACCAGCAUCAACAGCCGAGAGUUCUUCCAGUCGCUCCCAAAGCCAGGUAUCUUCAUCCGCUUCUUCAUCCUCAUCAAAUGUCGAAGGUCAGAGGGUGGCUCAUGAGAGUGACUUCUCUCUGCCCCACUAUGGAGUGCAGCAGAUCCCUCAGACAUAUAAAGAGCUAGCUGAACCAUGGAUCAAGGUCUUUGGUAUAGAACUCGUUGGCUGCCUGUUCUCCCGGAACUGGAAUAUCAGAGAGAUGGCACUGCGGCGUCUGUCACAUGACGUCAGCGGCGCUCUGCUCCUGGCCAACGGGGAGCACUCGAUGGCGAGCGCCAAUGCAGGAGCGGGGGCGGAGUUUGGAGCAGCAGGAAGUGAACUCUCAGGGGAAGUGGUGGUAGAAUCAUGCUGCAGCGUGCUCUCCAUGGUCUGUGCGGACCCCGUGUACAAAGUCUACGUGGCCGCCCUGAAAACCCUGAGGGCCAUGCUGGUGUACACGCCGUGCCACUCUCUUUCGGAGCGCAGUCGUCUGCAGCAGCUGCUUCGGCCUGUGGUGGAGACCAUCUUGGUUAAAUGUGCUGAUGCAAACAGUCGCACCAGCCAGCUAUCAGUGUCCACCUUACUGGAGCUCUGUAAAGGCCAAGUAGGAGAAUUGGCUGUGGGCAGAGAGAUCCUCAAAGCAGGUUCCAUCGGUAUCGGUGGAGUGGACUACGUGCUGAAUUGCAUCCUGGGUUCCCCAACAGAGGCUAACAACUGGCAGGCUCUUCUGGGCCGUCUUUGUCUGAUCGACAGGUUGCUGCUGGAGUUUCCGGCCGAGUUCUACCCCCAUAUCGUCACGUCAGCAGACUGCGGCCAGCCUUCGAACCAAGUAGAGAGGUACCAGAAGCUGCUCCGUCUGCUUAGCUUUGCACUGCAGUCCAUCGAUAACUCUCACUCCAUGGUGGGAAAGCUGUCUCGACGUGUGUUUCUGAGCGCUGCCCGCAUGGUGGCCCGCGUACCCCAUGUUUUCGUCAAACUGCUCGACAUGCUGAGCGUCACCAGCUCCACCCAUUACGCCCGCAUGCGCCGGCGUCUUUUGGCCAUCGCCGAAGAGAUGGACAUCCUUGAUGCUGUACACCUAGGCCUCGAGGAUGUCCAGGCUGGCACCGGGCAGCACCGCGACGCUUUCUUGGAUCCCACAGCACCUCAUAACUCGCCUGUCUCCACCGAAAGGAGCUCACCCACACACUGUCUGCAUGAAAAACCCUCUCAAAGCAAAGCUUCUCGAGGUGGCCUAUCCAGCGGCAAAUCUAUGGACGAGAUGACCGAGAGAUUGGCCUCCUUUAAUACUGGACCUGCUGACCCCUUAAAGCCACCUAUUCAACUGCGUGGUCCGCUCAGACCCCACAGUCACUGUCUUAAUUCACAUUCAUCCUCCUCUAGCCAGCCACCCCCACUGCCUUCCCCUUCUCAAGCCCGGCCUCAUAGUUUCAUCCCGGGCAAGCUCACCAACUCCUCUCCCAUGACCCAGCGUAAGUUUCCAGUGCCCAAACCCUCAAGUGGAGGAGGCACAAUAAAGGAGCCAGACAAGCUACCUUCUCCAGUGUUCACCCAGGCCAGACCCCUACCCUCCAGCCACGUCCAUUGUCCCAAACCCUCUCGACCCUCUCCUACCUCCGAGAGCCUAAAAUCACCAUGCGUUGGACCCAAGAGCACCAUGAAGCUCGACCUGCGGGACUACUCUCCAUCAGAGAGUCCUGGAUGCAGCGGCGUCUCGGUGUUCGUCCCCAGCGACGAUGCCGUCUUCACACCCGUGGACGAGAAGUUCCGCGGCCUGGACGCUUCGGCCGAGCUCAACUCCAGCAUGGAAGACCUUCUGGAAAGUUCCAUAGCGGCGACAGACAGCACAGUGACCUUUCAGUCCGAGGUGGCCGUGCUGUCACCGGAACAGACGGGCAAAGACGACGGCUACAGCCAAGAUGUCACACAGAACCAGAAGUGCAAAGAAAAAAUGGAGGCGGAGGAAGAAGAGGCGCUGUCGGUCGUCAUGGCGAUGUCCGCAUCUCAGGACGCCCUGCCUGUUAUCCCGCAGCUGCAGGUGGAGAAAGGAGAGGAUGUCAUCAUCAUUCAGGUGGAUACCCCAGAAACACUGCCUGGUCAUACUAAGGCGAAGCAGCCCUACCGCGAGAGUUCGGAAUGGUUGAAGGGGCAGCAGAUCGGCCUGGGAGCUUUUUCCUCCUGCUACCAAGCCCAGGACGUUGGCACUGGAACGCUUAUGGCUGUCAAACAGGUGACCUAUGUGCGUAACACGUCGUCUGAGCAGGAGGAAGUAGUGGAGGCUCUGCGUGAGGAGAUCCGGAUGAUGGGCCAUCUCAAUCACCCCAACAUCAUCCGCAUGAUGGGUGCAACCUGCGAAAAGAACAAUUACAACCUGUUUGUGGAGUGGAUGGCAGGUGGCUCCGUGUCUCAUCUGCUUAACAAAUACGGAGCCUUCAAAGAAGCCGUGAUCAUAAACUACACAGAGCAGUUGCUCCGAGGUCUGGCCUACCUCCACGAAAACCAGAUCAUCCACCGUGACAUCAAAGGUGCCAACCUGCUGAUUGACAGCACAGGCCAAAGACUGCGAAUUGCUGACUUCGGAGCAGCUGCCAGGCUGGCCUCCAAGGGCACGGGAGCGGGAGAGUUUCAGGGCCAGCUUCUCGGGACCAUCGCCUUCAUGGCCCCCGAAGUGCUGAGAGGGCAGCAAUAUGGUCGUAGCUGUGAUGUGUGGAGUGUGGGCUGUUCCAUCAUCGAGAUGUCCUGUGCCAAGCCCCCGUGGAACGCUGAGAAACACUCAAACCACCUGGCUCUUAUAUUUAAGAUCGCCAGUGCUACCACAGCACCCACCAUCCCCCUGCACUUGUCUCCCGGCCUGAGGGACGUCACACUGCGCUGUCUGGAGCUGCAGCCCACCGACCGGCCUCCCUCCCGCGAACUCCUCAAACACCCCAUCUUCCGCCUCAACUGGUAACACUGGGCCCAGCGGCGUCUAACUACUGAAGGGUCUGUACGGCCUCCCCUCACUGCUGUUAUCCCCUCAGCACUAGCACUAGCACCAUCACUGGCUCUUCCACUAACCCCUCCACCCCCCUCCCAAAAAAAACCUGCACCCGGUCUCUUUACUGAUGGACUGCUGUAGCUUUGAGCGUCACGCUAAAUCAUCCAAUAGAGUGCCUUUACCUUAGCAAGAUGUUCCAUCAGUGUGUAGUGUGUCUGCACUGUGAUGUGGAUGUACAUCAAUAAUGUUUCAAUCAUAAGCAAAUACUGAAGAGUCUCAAAAUCAACUGGUGAAAAUAUAAAAUUUUUUACAUUUAUUACUUUUUAUGUGCAUUUUACUGUUGGUCCAUCCUGCACGUUAUUUUUAUAAGGUGAAUGAUUUCAGUGAAAGGUGAUGCUGAACAAAAACAUGGCUAGUUCAGCUAGCGUAAUGCUGAAUGUGAAUGAUUAUAAUGCCGGUAUUCGUCUCUUUUUCUUAUUAUAAUUGUUUGUUUUGAAUCUUAAUGGAAAUCCUGUGUAAAUGUCUGAUUUUGGUGGUAAGCUACAGUCACACCAGGUUUUUGUCAGUGAAGUUUGAUCAGCUCAAGAGCAGAACUAUUUGGCUGAGUUGACCUGUAAAGCAGUGAUGGGUUUCAGACAUUACCAACCACUAUAAUUCUGAUAUUCCGCUAGCACACCGGCGCCGAGAUUCUAAACUCCUCGGUUCGAAACUCGGCAGCAGACAUGGUUCUGCUAGGGCAGGAUGUCCGGACUGUGUCGGUGGGGUCUUUAAAACGCUGUGUAAGGACCCUGAUUGGCAGGUAGAGGGGCGUCUGUGCAGAAUGCAUAGGUGAAAAAGGGUUCUGCUAAGGGCUCGAAGGAGGCGUGAGCAGCAAUAUAUCCACCUCGACUGCAAUCAGGGAUCCCCCAGCAGCGGAAGACAAAUUGACUACUCUAAAUUGGGAGAAAAUGCGUCAAUAAAAUAGAAAAAAAUGGAACUACAUGGAUAAAUUGACAUUCUUUAAGGGUAAAGGCUAGCAUGUGCUUCCUCUGAGACAUGUAUAACCAGCAAGCAGAAUCUUAAUAAGGUGCAUCUGACGUUUUUAAUUGGGCAGAUUAGUGCACUUUCAGAAGGCUGUGGAUAUUACACCCAGAAAGCACAGCCAAUCAGCUCCCAUCUCCCAGCUGUGAACAAACAAACAAAGUCGAGUCUUUAGGUUUUGGACACUCACCGAAAACCAGACAUUCAAGGCUAAAAUAAUGUUAUUUUAAUUUUACCACUUGUGCCCAUUUUGCACGCCAAUGAGAAUGACAAGCUGCUGGUGUGGCUGAAGCAUUUAUUAAACUAAGAGCUAGAAAUUCUAUUAUUAGCCAUUUGGUUUAACUGAGCUUCAAUUUUGGACGUUUCUCUGAUCUUAACCAGCGUAUGGUUCAGAUGAAAUGGUUUUAAUGGGGUUUCAGUUAAACCAGUCUAAGCUUGUAUUGUUACAUUAAACCUCGAUUGCGGUUUCUUUUCUUGUGGUUAGACGUACAUGAGCCUUCAACUGAUCUUAUUCAAAAGCUUUUUAUACAGGAAUCUUUCUUAUUUACGUUCUUGGUGCUGUUCAAUCUUCAGCUAAUUAUUUGUUCUUUAUUUGAUUUAAUUCAAUGGUUCUUGUAUGUCACUUUGAUGUGAUCAUGUGCUUUUUUAAUGAAUAUAAAUGCUGUUCGGUGGAGGGAUGUUACUGAAUGAUUUUAUGCCUCUUUCUUUCUGUGUGUGUUUUUUUUUUUUUUAAUAAAUGUGUAUUUUCUUUGGUUUGAAACACCGCAGACGUUUCUAACCAUCUUAACUGUGUAAAAACUGUAACUCUUCAAGUGCUGGUGGUGUUGUAAUCGGUUUGACUAUCAUUUUGAAAAUCCAAAACCAAUUGCAACUAUUACAGUUGUGAUGUUUAAGCUCCUUCACCCUGAAUCGGUUAAAGGGGCGUCAACAAUUUGUGACCAUUUUAAUUUUAAAGUAAAAAUGAAACUUUAUUUAAUGCACGUUUUGUGUGGAGUACAAGCUUAUCAAGCUUGAAGAGUUAAGAUGUAAAUAUAUGUGAAUUUUUGGUAGCUAAAUUUAUUUUACUUGACUCCUGUAUUUUUAUACUACACUUUUUUUCCAUAAAUACAUAUUUUAUUUUACUUCCUUUCUCUUCAAUGUCUUUAUAAAAGCUUUAAAAUGAUACAUUCUGUCUUUUUAUAUACUGGAAAAAAACGAUCAAAUUCAUGCAGAUUCAUAAAAGCUAAUCAGUAUUACUGAAACGUCAUACCAUUAAUUCAGUACUUUUCUGUUCUCUGUAUGGUUAUUUUAUUUUAGUUUAGUUUAAAGAUCAGAGCUGGAUUGAAGUUGUGGAAUAAUGAAUGCUGUUUCUUGUCAUUUGGUACUUUCUUCCAUCUCCUGAUUUUUCUUCUUCCUGUUUCAUUGCUGUUUUAUUCCAGUCUCUACUACCUCAGGUGUCCUAUAGAAUUUCCUCUACCAAAGUUCACUUUCUCUAUAUAUAUAAUUAUAUAUGAAUAUAUAUAUUCUUCUUGACUGUUUUUUAUCUUACUUUUUCCAGGGCUUACGGGCUAAUUUAUAUUAGCAUCCUUUUUAUUGUGCGAAUAAACUGAUAAGAUCUCGGGGUUAAGAAAAUUAAACAAUUGGCUUAAGCGUCAUCAUUUGUCAGUUUUAGCAAUAUAUGAAUUAUCAAAGUAUUAAAGUUUGUACCCCAUUGUACACCUUUUAUAACAAAUUUGACUUAUUUUGGUGUUUGUCUUUAGCAAAUAAAAUUGGGAAAAUGGCCACACA